GGCAUACUGAGCAAGCAGUGGGUUGAAACUCCUACCCAAUGAUUAGAUACAUGAUUAAUAUAAUUUACAUGUAAUACAGUUUAUGUUCAGACUGCUAAAGUUGUGUUUUCUGUUAAGGAAAGUUUGUUUUGUUGUUUGAAGAUGAGUGAUGGAGCAGUAUGCACUGGCUAACCCCGACCAGCAGGGGGCGCGUUCGCUACACUGUGUGUUCUAGGUUAUUCAGAGAAUAAGAACACAUGAAUGUGAAGUAUAAUUGUGUGUGGCGAACUGUGUUGUUAAAAAUAACUUUUGGCUCCUUGCAGAUUGCAAUAAAGCUGAUUCAUCAAGUUAAAUUUGUAGUGGAGGACAGUUUCAUUCUGGACCACGCUACAUAUUUUGGUAGCAGAGGAUGGUUGGUUCAGCCCACAGCCCAGUCGCAUAAAAGUGAAGACACACCAACCAGAGCAGCAUCAUGGAGGAAGCUAGGGACGAAGUCAGCAGGAUAUUACUGACGCUGGAGGAGAAGGAGCUCAUUCCCCUAUGUGAGCAUCUAAAGUGUAGCGCACCUGUUGGGGGUUUCGCCAGCAAAACAAGACGCACCCUAAUCAGGUUGGUGGAGAAAACACUAGAUGAAAUACAGGAGGGUGAAGAGUCCACAGAGUCAUAUCAGACGUAUCUCCAGCAUGUAUUGUCCCAUCUGGCCUCUCUGAAUCCGACAUUGGGAGAGAAUGAGGCUGAGAUUGUAGUUCAGGAGGAAAGUGAGUUAGAGAAGUUGAAAAUGCAGUACCAGAUAUUACAGCAGCAGAUGGAAAAGGAAAUCGGGGCAUUGGAGGAAAAGAUAAAGCGGAGGACACAGGCAGCAGGAGGAGACACUGCGUCUGUCCUCAUUACUACAAAAGAAGUGGACACAAAGCCUGCCACCACCACACCAGCCAGACUGCCUGAGGUUACGCUGAGGCGGGAGUUCCGGAUAAUGGGACAGAUCGGGGAAGCAGGACAAAAGGACAAGUUGUCCUACACAAGCCUCAUAAACCAGAUCGAGUCGGCACUACAGAAAGGACAUGGAGAAGCGGAGAUCAUUGAAGCAGUCACACGUGCUGUGAGCCCAGGUCUUCAUCUUCGGGAGAUGCUGGAAAUAAAGCGAGGACUGACCCUACCCACCCUGAAGACCAUACUCAAGGGUCACUAUAAAGUGGAUUCUUCCUCUGACCUACUGCAUCGUCUGAUGAACAUGACACAAGAUCCAAGGGAGUCAGCCCAGAACUUCUUAUUCAGAGCAAUAGAACUGAAAGAGAAGCUAAUGAGAAAAUUCAGCGAUGAUGAUGAAAGUGAAGAAGGUGAGCAGUUUAGUCCUGAGCUAAUUCAGAGAAAAUUCCUCCGCUCUAUAGAGACUGGUCUUUACAGUGAUGCGGUUAAGUUCCAGCUCAAGCCGUAUCUUUGCGACCGUACUGUCACAGAUGAGGUGUUAAUUGAGCGUAUCAAUGAGGCAACAAACUUAGAACAUGAGAGACAACAAAAACUGAGGAAGACAGUCAUGAACAAGCCUCCAAAAGUCAGUGAAGUGCAGGCAGAAGUGUACCCAUCUGACGCCUCAGCAGCAGCAGUAGAUACUGUUAACCGUGAACAAGGGGGAAGAAGUAAGAAAUAUCAAGGACCCAAAGCAGAGGCCAAAGCGGAGCUAGACUCAAUAGAAGCGCUGAAGGCUGAGGUGCUAGAAAUUAAGAACUUGGUGUUACAGACGGUGGAGGCCACACAAGUUAAAUUGGCCGAGCGAACAUUCACACCCAGCCGUACUCGGCUCAGGGGUUGUAGGGCAUGUCAGGAAGCCCAGAUGGGUGACGCCUGCAGACAUUGCUUUAAGUGUGGGCAAGAGGGACAUCUCUCCAGAGGAUGUCGACGGACCAGAGAGCAGCAGGGAAACGAGAUGGGGCUGCCGAGCCGGGACCCUCGGUAGCCCAUGAAUCAUCACGUCUCACCAUACAGCAACCUGCCUCCCCUCAUGCACCACCUCAAAUCUCAACAGUUAACUAUCUUCCACCACGACGCAAGGAAAAACUCAUCAAGUUAAUUGCUAAGAGGCACACUGUCCAUUGCACAUUAGAUACAGUUCCAGUUGUAGCAUUAUGGGACUCAGGUGCUCAGGCAACAAUCAUUAAUGACGAAUGGAGAAAGCUACACUUACCACACAGCACGGUGCGGCCUCUCAGUGAG